UGCACUACACGUUCUAAUGACAUUCCAAACAGCUGUGUGUUGCAAAGUAGACGCCUCUUCAUGGACUUGGACUGUGUUCCUCUGAAAUCUUUACUGAAAACUAUGUCAUUUCACCGGCAAAACAAUCGCGAUCAUCACCUAAACGGUGACCAGACGUAAGAAGUAAGUCCCCCGAGUGGGAUCUGUGUGUUAUAGACUUGAAUUCGCCUUAAUUCGGGGCACAAAACACCGAACGAAAUCGGCAUGAUGAGAGAGUACAAAGUCGUGGUGCUGGGCAGCGGCGGGGUGGGCAAGAGCGCCCUAACCGUGCAGUUCGUCUCGGGGAACUUCGUGGAGAAGUACGACCCGACGAUCGAGGACUUCUACCGCAAGGCGAUCGAGGUGGAGAACACCAUGUCCAUCCUGGAGAUUCUGGACACGGCCGGCACGGAACAAUUCGCUUCCAUGCGGGACUUGUACAUCAGGAACGGCCAGGGUUUUGUGGUGGUGUACAGCGUCACGAACAAGCAGAGUUUCGGGGAUGUCGUCAAUCUACGAGAUCAGAUUUUGAGGGUCAAAGGGUCCAGCCAAGUCCCGCUGGUCUUGGUGGGGAACAAGGCGGACUUGGAGAAGGAGCGGCAAGUUCCCACCGCCGAGGGUGUCAGCUUGGCCAACAAGUGGAUUAUACCCUUUUACGAGACCUCGGCUAAGAACACGAUGAACGUGAACGAGGUUUUUGCCGAGUGUGUCAUGGAGAUCAUGAGGCUUCUUCAACCCGGGAAACGGAAUAAGAAAAAACUGUGCAACGGAUGUAAUGUGCUGUGACCAAGAAAGUCUUCCAAUGAACCCCUGACGCCAUAUUUUGGAACAUCACCUUCCCGAACUCUACCAAACUUCUGGCAAGUUGUUGCAGAGAGAAUCACGCGCCACCUUGACGACCCGUGUUGAAAUGUGGACGAAGGAAAACACUACGUACAUGUACGUCUUAACGAUCCGUGCUUCGAGACAUUUCACCGCGAGGUCGUUUUAAACAUUGGCUGUUUUAUGUGCAAGUAGUAUGUGUGCAAGUACAUUGGGGAACUUUUUUAGUCUCUGUGAGUUUAUUGUGACAAAAAACAAACUAUGCAAUCAGAAAAUGGACACCCAUGUCAAAAUGUAUUUGAAAAUAAACUGGCAUCCGGCAAGUCUGUAUUAUAGAAGAUAUAUGAAUCUACAUGUACCCAUCUACUUGGAUGAUGGAGUGAUUACAAAAACAAGAACGAUGUUCAGAGCUGAAGAGGGAUUCGUGAAUGAAGAUUUUGGAUAACGUGUAUCUCGCUACUUCACCAUGUUGAAAGCUUGCGGAAAGACAAAAGCCGUGCCGGUUAGAAAGCGUCAAACAUCUUGAAUUGUUCUGUGCACCGUCUGCUGUACAUCUAAAAGCCCAUUCUCCGAGUCGGUUUUGAUUUGAGAAAAACUGGUAACAUGUCCCACGGACUAUAUUUCUAAAAGGCGUAUCUACAAUUAGAUGCUUUGGAUUUGGAAUAUUAGAACACAAAGUGGUCAUUGAAAUGGAUACGCGGUGGAAUUCACAAUCACAGAAAAUGAACCCAAAAUGGCGUGAUAAACGCAAAGAAAAUGCAGAGUAAAUCUAAGCGUGGCUUGGAAUCGAUCCAGUGCAGGACUAAGCCACGGCAAUCGGGCAUAACAGGCCCCGAAUCAGGACAAGCGGGAUUAAUUCUUCAGAUUUCUGUCUCCGACUCGGACCGUCGGCUUGAGCUAUUGGACCGUCCCGGUCUGCAGGAGGGAAAAAUCAAUUCCACCGGAAGCUUUCCGCCAAUAUUUGAGAGACUUUUUAUUCGGCCUCUAGAAUUCAUCAAGCGUGCAUCAGGUGGCCGUCGUGAAGACAGACAACAGUGUGGCGUCAAGUCUUCUUCAAGAUUGGGGGGGGGGGCCGCGGAGAAGAGGAAAUAGUCAUCGCAGAGGAGUAACCGCGGUAGUAUUGCGGAUUACCAGGAGAAAAAAAAAA